AUGAUGAGCAGCAUGAUGGCAGUGGGUGAAAUCAUACUGAAAGAAGAACCAUUUUGUCAUGUACUGCUCCAGAGUCAUCGAGGUUUAAGAUGUGAUCAGUGCUUCACUUUGGGAGAGAACCUGAAGAAAUGUACUGGAUGUUCGGACAUAUUCUACUGCAACAAAGUUUGCCAGAAGCGUGACUGGACAGUUCACAAGCAGGAAUGCAAGUGUUUGAAGGCCAUCCAGCCCAAGAAGCCACUGGACUCUGUCCGCCUUCUCCUACGACUGGUCAUCUCACAGAACCUCAACCUGCCUCAGAACAACGAGUGGUCAAGGACACUGGAUGAUCUUAUGUCUCACUCGGAGGACAUAAAGAAGGAUGCUGAGAGGAGUGAACAAUUUGCGCAGGUUGCGUUCACGUUGAAGGAAUAUGCCGGGAGUCAUGUCUCUCUGCCUGAUGCUUCAAAACUGCUCAACCUCUUUGGCAAGAUGGUGAUUAACAGCUAUACAAUCUGUGAUGGCGAGCUGAAAGACCUCGGUGUUGGAAUGUAUCUAGGGGGUUCUCGUCUUGACCACAGCUGUAGUCCUAAUGCUGUGACCUCAUUCCAUGGUGUCACACUGGUUGUCAGGGCCACACAGGACAUUCUGGAUAAUUCCCCAAAUAAGGUGUUCAUCAGUUACAUUGACCAGCUGGCCCCAAGGAAGGAGAGGCAGACAGCCCUGAAAAAGCAGUACUACUUUGACUGCGCAUGUUCCCGCUGCAGUGAUGAACAGUUUGAUGCAUCAAUGACCAGCUUCUGUUGUCCAAAGUCAGGGUGUGAUGGAGUGGUGGGCAUCAAUAACAAGAAGGACUUUGGAGCAUGCCAAACAUGUGGCGCCAGUGAUUUCUCCUCAGAUCUUAAACAAGGGGCUCUUGCUGUGUUAGACAGCUGUCAGGCAGCCCUAGAACAGGCCGAUGACAGGAAAAAACAAGAUAAGUGGAAAGGAGUUUUUGAGACAUGCAAAGAGAGCAUACAGAAGGCUGCAGGAGUCCUGCACGCCCACAAUGUGUACCUCGUCCGGAUUCUGGACCUCGCAUUUGAUGCUGCAAUCAACCUGGAGAAGUGGGAACUGGCUGCCAAGUAUGGGGCUCGCACACUUCAGCCUUAUUGCACCUUCUAUGGUGAAAUGAGCCCUCACCUGGCAGUACAGCUCUUCAAAGUGGGGAAACUACAGCUGUAUCUUGGGGACGACCUUAAAGGGGCCUUACAGUCCUUAGAGAGGGCACAGAACAUUUUCAAGGUCACCCAGGGGGAGGGGCAUGAGAUACUCAACACCCUCGAGCUUUUUGUGGGCCAGUGUAGGGAGGAAAUGAGGAUGAAGCUGGAAAAAUCUUGAUCUUAGUGCCAUGGAUUAGGCCAUACUGAAUCGUUUCUAUGUAAAGUGUCCUAUGGAUAGGUUUUGUGCUUCCUGAUUGUAAAAAACAAAACAUUUUAUAUGAUCAACAAUAUUGCCGAAUAUUUUUCUUUUUCAUUUUCUUUUACUAUAAUUCCAACCACCAAACACACAUCUAAACAACAUGCUUCAUACUUUGUACUAGUAUUCUUGGCAUUUGAUAUCAGAAAACGAUGCAUUCUGUAUGAUUCCCAUGAUCAACAGACUUAAAUCCUCAUUUCGCAGUGGAAAUCUAUCUUACAAUUGAAAAUACUCCAAAAUGGGUUAAGGAAGCUCUGGUGUACAUACAUUGUCAUUCAUUUACUAUUUGUGUUUUUCCUGGGCUUGUUUGUUUUUCCAGGAUAGCUAUUAAAAUACAUUUUCGUCCUAAGGCUUGACACUAAUCAUAAUAACAAUUUGUUAUGGACUUAUUGUCUUACUUAAUGUGAAACCGAGAUUACAGGAGAAAUCGUACAAACAAAACUGGUACUAAUGUAGUCAUACCUUAUUUGGAGAACUUGCCCUAUUUAUAUUUUGUUGAUUAAAAGUGUAGAUUUUCUACCAAUGGCUAGGUCAGGGUCAUUUUUUGAGGCCUUUAUUGAAAUCUUAUAUAACAUGUUCUACAUUUUAAAAUCAUGGACCAAAGAUAUUUUUCCUUUCUUCCAAAAUACUUUGCUAUAUAACAUAUAAAUACGAGUUAUCUGAAAAUGGUGAGACUUCGUAGUGGUAGCACUCUGUAUUGGUGCGACUCAGGGUUAUUCUUGACCAAAUUUAUAGUGACCAAAUUUAUAGCUGAUAUUCAGUUUCAUUCCAAUGCCAAAAAGUAUGAUUUUUUUCCUAAAUGUUGAAUUGCCAAUUGAAUAAUUGAAUAAUUAGUAAGAGUAUUUGAGUUUGUAUAACUAACAUAAGAAUUCUAAAAAAAAAUACAAUUUUGUAAAAGAAAGAAGCAUGAAUCCCAAUUCCAAGGUUAUUGGUCAUUUUUCAAAAUUACCGAGAAAUAUCCUGACUUCACUUGUUAAUAACGCAGAGACAUGCUUUGCAGUCUAAGCUGGUAUUUUAACUACAGAGAUUAUUUACAAUACUUUGCAUGGGUUUACUUUACAGGGCGUACCUGAAUUGUUUUUAAGUGUACGCCCAUACUCUCAACACAACAAUGUUAUAUGGGGUGGGCGAGGGGGGGGGGGUGUGUCUUCUGUUGUAUAUUUUGUACUCUAACACUUGGUCACAUUAUGACAAAAUAAAGUAAUGGAAAAGUUACAUGUAUAUAUGGUACUGUCAUUGUACACCUCCUUAGCCUUGAUUUUUAUUACUGAUUUCGAGUUUAAAGCACUUGCGAUUUUAUGGGAACCUAAAUUUGUUUGUACGACCAGGCAUACUGGAUUAUUCCUAGGUAUGUCACUGCUUCAUGUAUAAAUUGUGUAUGUGACAUUGCAAAAUUUCCAUGAUCAUAAUGUUGAUGUUGUCAUGAAUGUACAGGUAGAAGUGAAAAAAUGUGUCUUAGAUGACUUUUUAUUCUGCAUGAGAUCAAGGCAGUUAAUUUGUUUAUGACUUUAUUCUGCGUGAGAUCAAGGCAGUUAAUUUGUUUAUGACUUUAUUCUGCGUGAGAUCAAGGCAGUUAAUAUGUAAAUGACUUUUCAUUCUGCAUUAGAUCACAGCAGUUCAUUCUGCAUUAGAUCACAGCAGUUAAUAUGUCAAUGACUUUUUAUUCUGCCUGAGAUCAUGGCAUUUAAUAUCUCAACAACUUUUCAUUCAUUGAGAUAACAGCCGUUAAUAUGGCAAUUACUUUUCAUUCUGCUGCACAUUUACUACAGUAAAUGUUAAAGUUUUAUACUUCAAAGUCAAUAAAUACUAACUUAAG